AUGUUUGAAAGCAACCUGCUCUCGCUGAUCAACACCGCAUCGCCGCUUCCCACGUUUGUGGAGGUGGACUUUGUGAACUCCCUUAACAACUCACUAUCAAAGGCCUUCCAGUUUGCCCACGUGUUACUCGCUGAAAAAAGCGACAUAGCGGCCAUGUGUCUGCCGUGGGAUGCUGAGAUUUGGCUCGUUCUGCACUCUCUUCUCGAGCACCGACUUCUCUUUCAUGCGAAUACAACGUUCUCGGAGAUGUUGUUUGGACUUCGUCGUGGCUGCAUUGCAUCGCCAUCGAAGCCGUCUGGGUCUCAAGGGAGGCUGUCGUGGUGGGUUCGCGGCCCCCUCCCCGCUCCCUCAUUGGAGGAAAAGGCGUUGCAGGCACCGGACGCUGCUGCCUCCCCUGCCGCAUUGGGAGCUAUCUCCGAGUCUCCAUUGCCUCAACGACAUGGUGAACUCACAGCAGCGGAGAUGCAGGCGGCACAGGGUGCCUCUUAUGGCCACCUCCGUUUUAUUCCCAUCACCAACAGACAGCGGUACAUUACACUGUUUCUCAUCACGGUAAUACCCUACCUGAGAGAGCGUGCUGCUAAAUGGUACACGCAUCGGAUGGAUUCUUCUCCCGAAGCCAACUCUAUGCGCAUUGCUUAUGCCACUCGUUACCCCACACGGGCGCGAAUAAAAGAGUUAUUGACGCGACUGUAUCCUCUUGUUUACACGGCAUUAAGGAGCUUGAGGUUUUUUUACCAGAUACUUUUUCUUCUGGAGUUGACGCCAUAUACCACACCGCUUCAUCGUUUGUUUGGUAUCGUUUUGCGGCGUCUUACGAGAGCUGAUCAAAUUGCUGCGUCGAAUCCACGAGCUCAAAGGGCUCUUAUGUUGGCACGUGUAUUGGUUCUCCUUAUUUUUCUUGGAUUCAGGCUGCUAGAACUCACUGGUGCAGGUAAUGCUGCUGGAGGAAGUACGGCACUCACAUUGACGGGUUCAGGUGGAGAAGACCUUGCAACACCACCACCACCGGUGUGGGGCGUUGAUGUGGUGAUUCCUCCAGGGACGAAAGUGCCGCAGCCUGGCAUCUGCCCGGUGUGUGAGCGACGCGUAACAAACGCUGCAGUGUGCACGGCAAGCGGUGUGGUUGGGUGUUACCCGUGCCUACUGGGUUACGCCAGGACAAAUGGUGCAUGCCCCUUGACAAAGUGUAGGACCACGGUAGAUUGUAUACGACGCAUAUAUGAGUGCUGA